CGAUGUAUCUAGCGAUCCCGUCGAGUUUACUCUCCCCCUGCGAGAACAGAUGAAGCAUCAACGCUGUGUGCCUCGGACGAGUUCCCCUUUGUGUUGCUGCCGUCUGCUCGAAAGGAUCCGCCUCGGUCGCGUCGCGCGCUCGCACUCGACCGGGCCCAAAUGUCUUCGAAUCCUCCUCAACGAGCCACUGCCACGGGCCACCUCUCUCGCGAGCCACUUCGAUUUUCCAGGUGACACCGGCCUCUGAUUGGACAAAAUGCGAUUUCACGACCUCUUGCUCUUGUUCCUGAUGCAAUUGGCGAUCGCGUUUCGACUUCCGUUUCAGGUUAGCGAAUUGGAUACAAACAACGAAACGAAGUCAUGUUGCUCCUGCAGCUUCAAAGAUACGUCGUACAUGGCGUCCAAGUGCGGCGUGAAAACAUCUUUCACGAGCUUGUUCGAGAAACUGAUCGCGUCUACGUGCGAUCUGACGGACCCUUGCCGGAGACUUGGCAAAGAGGAAGUGCCGAACGAAUGGUUCGACUUUAUCAUAGUCGGCGGUGGAGUUGCCGGGCCUAUAAUUGCCAGGAGAUUGAGCGACAAUCCCUGGUGGAGGGUUCUCCUGAUCGAAGCAGGACCGGAAGAACCGUCGAUGACUUCUAUUCCCGGACUGGCGGUUCACGCGGUCAACUCGACUUUGGAUUGGAAUUUCAAAACGGAGCCUACGGAGCCUCAUCCAACCGCCUGUUUAGAAACCGGGGGAGUGUGCACGUGGCCGCGAGGGAGGAUGAUGUCAGGCACCGGGGGGAUGUACGGGAUGAUGUAUACCCGCGGUCACCCGGAGGUGUACAACAGCUGGGCCCGAUCGGGCGCCACCGGUUGGUCCUACGACGAGAUCGCGCACUACUUCGAACAAGCGGAGGACCCGAUCGACCCACAGAUACUCUCCGACAAGGAGAGAACAGUCCCGGUGCCAGGGCCAAUGAAGAUCCAAUACUACCCGGACAAACCGGCGUUCGCGGACGAACUCCUGAAAGCUGCCACCGAGUUGGGCUACAGAACGUCGAGGCUUAAAGAAUACACGCAGACGGGCUUCAUGGUGGCCCCGAUGACCACCGACAACGGCGUCCGUGGCACGACCUCGCGAAACUACCUGAGGCCUGUCCACGGUCGAACGAACCUCAGAGUGCUGAUAAACGCGCAGGUGACGAGAGUUCUGAUCAACCAGUGGCAGAACAAGGCCUACGGCGUGGAGCUGAUCGACAAGGAUGGGUACAGGAGGAUCGUGAAGGCGGACAAGGAAGUGGUUCUGUCGGCAGGGGCGAUCGGCUCGCCUCACAUCCUCCUAAACUCUGGGAUUGGACCGAAGGAACACCUGACCAAAUUGGGCCUGCACGUGGUGAAGGAUCUGCCCGUGGGGAGGAACCUUCACAAUCAUGUGUCCGUGGCGGUUCACUUCAGUAUCAGGGACACCGCUUACGAGCCCAUGACGAUGAGCAGCGUGAACGAGUACCUGGAGACGAGGACCGGCCCCCUGAGCAGCACAGGACUGACACAGGUGACCGCGUUCCUCGAGAGCAGCUACGCGGUCGCCGGUGUGCCUGAUAUUCAGAUGUUCUUCGAUGGGUUCUCACCGAAUUGCCCGAGGACCGGCUUGGAAUUCGAGUGCCUGAACGGGGCGAUCGGCUUCUGCUCGGACAGACGGCAGAUCGUCGUCAGGCCCACCACUGUCACCGUGGGCAGUAGGGGUCACUUGAGGCUCCGAUCUGGUGACCCAACCAGCCCGCCGCUGAUCUAUCCGAAUUACUUCGUCGACACGAGGGACUUGAAGGUGUUGGUCGAGGGUGUUAGAAAGGCGAUCGAGCUGACCAGCACGAGGACCAUGAGGAAGUGGGACCUGAGGCUGGAGACCGGUGUUCAUCCUCUUUGCACCAAUUAUCACUUCGCGAGCGACGCUUACUGGGAAUGUCACGUGAGAGCAGCCACCGGGCCGGAGAAUCAUCAGUCAGGGACGUGCAAAAUGGGGGCUUACGACGAUCGGACAGCCGUCGUCGAUCCGGAGCUACGUGUGCGCGGCGUAUCGAACGUACGAGUCGCGGACGCAUCCGUAUUCCCGACUGUGCCGAACAGCAAUCCCGUGGGUGCGAUCAUGAUGGUCGCCGAGAAGGCGGCCGACAUGAUCACGAACGCUUGGUCGAAAAAGUGAAUCACGAGUGGUGCGCGAAAUUUCCGUGUGUCAGUGGCUCACAAAAGUAUUCGAACAUUCGUUUAAAAAAAAAAAUUAAAAAAAAAAGGAAUAAUUUUUUUUAAAUUUCUAAAUGCACACACAGUGACAUAACUUUCGUAGGUGUAAUGUAAUUACAAGUUACUAGAUGAAAUUUUAAACGGAGUGAUUGCACGAUCGUGUACAACACAAGUUCUGAUAAACUAAUUUAGUUGAAAUUGUUAAUUACGGGUUAAGUACCAUGUAGUAUAUAAUUAAAAUCAAUUUUGGCAUAUUAUCCAAGUAGUCAGUUUCUGAAAUUGACUUAAAUUUAAAAUUUAAAUUGUUAAUUAUAUAAAAAUUAACUAACAAUAGGUUCAGGAUAUUCGUAUGAACGACAUUACUGAUGUGAUAUCAAAGUAAGGAUUAAAGUGACAAAGGAUGAUGAAUUAAUAUUAAAAUAGAUAGUAAU